GUAACAUCGAGCUGGAUAUCUGUCACUAAUAAGUAUAAUACACAGGUAGCUCCUCUCCUCCAUCUCCAUCUCCCUCGAGCUCGACCUCUCCCAUCGCAGAUCUCACGGGCAAAAACAAAGCAUGGCCUCGCAAACGAUGAAAGCGGUGAUCUUCCACGGGCCGGGGCACGUCGCCGUGGAGGACCGACCCAUCCCGACGCUCCAGCACCCGACCGACGCCAUCGUCAAGGUCUCGCUCACGGCGCUGUGCGGCAGCGAGCUGCACGUCUACCGCGGCCACCAAAAGAGCGAGCCCGGCUUCAUCAUGGGCCACGAGUUUACCGGCGAGGUGGUGCAGGUCGGCGCCGAGGUGAAGAGCUUCAAACUAGGCGAUCAGGUCGUUGCGCCGUUUACGGUUUCUUGCAUGGAUUGCUUCUACUGCAAGAACGGCGAAUCCUCCCGCUGCGAAAAGGUCCUUCUCUUCGGCUGCCCGCUGCUCGACGGCGCUCAGGCAGAGUACGUCCGCGUCCCGCUCGCAGACGGCACACUGUUUGUGCGGCCCUCGUCGCUUCCCGAGGAGAUCGCCGUGCUGAUGGCGGACAUCUUCCCAACUGGCUUCUUCGCCGCGCGCACGGCCUUCACCUCCCUCCCCCCGCCCCAGCAGCGCACGAGCGUAGCAGUAGUAAUCGGCUGCGGCCCGGUCGGUCUCUGCGCAAUAGUUGCAGCACUAGAAUACUCCCCCGCGCACCUCUUCGCCAUCGACAGCGUCCCCAGCCGCCUCGAGCUCGCGCGCGGCCUCGGCGCCGAACCCCUCAACUUCGCCGAGGACAUGCCGGGCCUGCUCAGGCGCAUCCGCGAGGUCACUGCCGGCCGCGGCGCGGACGUGGUUAUGGAGGUGGUCGGGCUCGCGCCGGCCCUCAGGCUCGCGUAUGAGGUUGUGAGGCCGUUCGGCGCCGUCACCAGCGUGGGGGUACAUAACGCCGAGAUCCCGAUCUCAGGCGCAGAAGCGUACGCGAAAAACCUCAAGCUGCAGUUCGGGCGGUGUCCGGUGCGCAGCGUGUUCGGUGAUGCGCUGGCGGUGCUGGAGAGGCGCAGUCAUCUCUUCGGGUUCAUGGCCGAGAAGGUUAUGCCGCUUACAAAAGCGGUCGAGGGGUAUGAGAUCUUUGAGAGGGCGGGGGCACAGAAGGUUAUUUUUCGGGCGGGGGAGUAGUUUAUAAGUAAUGAGAUAUGAAGUAUCUGAUCACGGCGAACAUUGGCCGUAUUGGGGAUGUAGUAUCUGUAGGCGCGCGGGGAGGCGAGUGACCAUGACGAGGACCCAGAAGCGGGAUGGUGGUAUGUAGAGUAUGAUGCUGGUGAUGCCCGGCCGCUACAUCUUAUACCCACUCUGGAUAGAUAGAGUAUCGCCUUGGAAUCCCGGUCACACGAG